AGCAAGACCGGACUCGCGUUUAAUAAUGCUUUGAAAAUGAUGGAAUAUGCUGAUUUUAAAAGUUGACCUGGGAUUUCUAGUUGUCAGGUGUCGAGGCAUGGCUUUCCUUGUAACUUGCUUAUUUUUGUCUUGUUACAGUGCUAGCAGUGUUUGGGGAAAUCAGCACAGUGAGACCAGUAUAUAUUUGGAUAACAUCACGCGUAUAUUGGAUAGAUUACUGGAUGGCUAUGACAACAGACUGCGACCUGGAUUUGGAGGUCCAGUUACAGAGGUCAAAACUGACAUCUUUGUCACCAGCUUUGGACCUGUUUCGGAUGUUGAGAUGGAAUACACCAUGGAUGUGUUCUUUCGCCAGACGUGGAUUGACGAACGACUAAAAUUUGAGGGCCCCAUUGAGAUCCUGCGGCUCAACAACUUGAUGGUCAGCAAGAUCUGGACACCGGACACAUUUUUCCGCAAUGGCAAGAGGUCGAUCUCUCACAACAUGACUACCCCCAACAAGCUGUUCCGCAUCAUGCAGAACGGAACUAUCCUCUACACCAUGAGAUUAACUAUAAAUGCAGAGUGCCCCAUGCGUCUGAUGAACUUCCCCAUGGAUGGCCAUGCCUGCCCACUUAAGUUUGGGAGUUAUGCUUACCCUAUCAGUGAAAUUGUGUACACAUGGAAGAAAGGUCCUCUGUCAUCUGUUGAAGUGCCACAGGAAUCAUCCAGUUUGCUGCAGUAUGACCUUAUUGGUCAGACAGUGUCCAGCGAGAGACUAAAAUCCAAUACAGGUGAAUAUGUCAUUAUGACCGUUCAUUUUCACCUGCAAAGGAAAAUGGGCUUCUUCUUGAUUCAGACUUACAUUCCCUGUAUCAUGACUGUCAUCCUGGCCCAAGUCUCAUUCUGGAUUAAUAAGGAAUCAGUUCCAGCUCGGACUGUGUUCGGUAUCACCACUGUCUUGACGAUGACAACACUCAGCAUCAGUGCCCGCCACUCACUCCCUAAAGUCUCCUAUGCCACAGCCAUGGAUUGGUUCAUUGCUGUUUGCUUUGCCUUUGUCUUCUCCGCCCUGAUUGAGUUUGCAGCCGUCAACUACUUCUCCACCUUACAGGCCAACAGGGAACACCGGAAAGCAGCGGCCAUGAAGGCAGCAGCUCAGGAGGCAGCCGCUGCAGCCGCAGCUCCCGCUGUGGCCGCAGGGAAUGACGUAGAGGUGUCCUCAGUGGAUGCCAGUAGUGUGCUUAAGAAGAGGAUGAACUCCACCCCGAUGUUUGAGCGUCCUGCCAAGACAUUUCCCAACCCACCGGUCAAUGCCCAAGCAUUCCUCCAGCAAGGUUCGGCUGUACCGGCCAACAAUGUUCUGACUGGCACCAGCAUCAUCGACAAAUACUCACGCAUCCUUUUCCCCCUUUCGUUUGGCGCCUUCAACCUGGUCUACUGGAUUGUCUAUCUCACCAAGGACACAAUGGAGAUGUCCAGGGAUACCAUCUAAGCCAGUGUUAGUUCUUCUGGAUGGCACACACACACUUACAUGCAUACAUUUACAUUUAUAUUUAUCAGCCACAACCUUAAAACCAGCGACCGCUGAAGUGAACAACAUUGAUCAGUUCAUUUAAAUGCAGCACUCUUCUGGGAAACCUUGGGCUCUGACAUUCAUAUGGAUAUUACUUUGACUUGAACUGCUUACCUAACCUUUGUUCCAGACUAAGCACACCCCACCAUUGCAACAACCCUCCCCAACAACAGCAACCUUCCCAAGCAGUAUAAUCUACCCCCAUGAUAUAAAAAAUCCUCAGGAAUGGGUGAAGAACACGACAAAGACAAAAGUUCCCAGAUACUUAUCUGAUGAUGGAUCAGUGGAAUUCUCCAGAAUGAGCCACAAAUUCACAGGAGAUACACUCUACAGAAGCCAGGCACCAGAGGACACCCAGCCUCAGACACCCCAUGUCCAUAUCCAUGUCCAGUGCUAGGCAAUUAGAUUUAUUGUUAUGGCUAAUCUGAUAUAUAUUUAUGAGGCAAAAACAAAAGGUUUCACUUCUUCAUAAAAAAGCAAAACUAAACAAAACCCAGUUAAGUACGUUAUUAAGUUCUUUUGAUGUCUUGCACUACUUGCAAUGCUCCUACUCUAUUUAUCAUUCCAAGUAGCCAACUCAAGUAGGUAAGUAAUACUGGUGGUAAGUGACAGUUGGAUUGUUAUGACUAAAAACUGCUAUGCACACAUUGCAACACAAGCCAGAUUAUUUGUGCCAAAUGCUUUCCCUUAAACACUUCAGGAUGUAAGCAAAAAGUCUGAACCUGGAGUUAGUACAUGAAACAAAAGAUAAGCAUGACUCUGUUCAUGCUCCUGACCUGAUGUACCACCUAUUUGGACAUUAUAGGCCCUUCUACUACUGACUGCUGCUUAGUCACUUGGCUCUAUCUGACCCAUCUCUAAUCAUUGUUAUUUACAUUUUGAAUAGAUCUAGUUCCUUAAUCCAGAAAGAAUACCACAGGAGAUUCAGAUAUUAAUUGUAGUAUAUACUAUGUUUACCUGACUGGAGAACGAGGGCAGCCACACAUCUAUAAGUUAUAAAAGUUCUAAGUUAUUUUUGAACUUCCAAAAAUAUUAUGCUCAUCCAUUUAUUCAGAUAAAAUAUUUUCUAAUUUAAUAUCAGCUCACUGACUUUUAUAUGGCUGCAAAUACAAGUAAACUUAGUAUAGAAAGAUGUCAGAUAAAGGCUUCAAGGCUACCUGUAGAAUCUAUUCUUUAUGUUACAAAUCACAAUCCCUAAGCUUAACCCAUUGAACCCUUCCUAACAGCAAAGCAGAUAUAAUCUAAACAUCCGCCUAUAAUAUUGAAUAAGUUUGCCACUGAACUUCGUCUGUAAGUUACACGAUAAAAGCAAAAAUAUAUUUAAAAAAAAACAACAACAAAAAACAGGUUACCGGAUUCUAGUGCUGGAGAAGAUGGAACAUUUAUGGGGAGAUUCACCAUAUUUAAAUCAGUUAUAGUCUUAUUUCUUUUAUGGGCAGGAUAUGCAGAACAAUCUGAUCACUUAAUAAACUGGAUUUUCACACAAAGAAAAAAAAACUUGCCAAGCUCUCUUUUUUGCCACCUCAGUGCAUUGUAUUCCAUUUUAUCUUGUUGCAUGGAAAGCGAGUGCUUUGAGAGCAGAUGUACCUGCUCCUUUUGCCAACUUGACCAGGCAACUCAAAGCCAUAUGAGCUCCAGAGUCCCAUGCUCUGGUAUAAUUUAAAACAGAAACUACAUCUCUCUACCAUUCAUUUCAAAUCUCUGAGAUAUAACAAAAAAAUUACCCAUUAGGAAUAGCUGGGGUAGGACCUACUUUGGGAGAGCAAGAGCUAAAGCAUCCACACAGAUCCACUUUGUUGUAUGUAUUGAUUUUCUGUGUGCAUGCAAUUCACAUGCAGUUCCAGACAUCAGAAUGAUAUUGCGUCUGUGGUUGAAAUGACGCAUUUCCUGCUUCAAUAUUUAGAACACACGUAAGUGUACUCGUCCUGAUACUGCAUCUAUUGUGACUGAGUGCCUGAAUUGCAGGAACUCUCUCACUGCCAGCUCUACUUUCCACUAUUCAUUUUUUCCCUUCCAACAAUCUAUUUUUUGGUUCAUUGGCUUAAUUUCCCUCUGCUGGAGUAUAGAGGAUGUGAAGAAAAAUCUUCAAAGGGUUUAGAUGGUGUGUUCCACAGAUUCAUUGGCUGCACUGGAUAUUUAGUGUCACAUGCAGAUGCAGAUGGAAAAUACGUGUGCAUACAGUUACUAGAGCAUUAAAACAUCCACACAUACCACUUAUUUACACUUUGUUUGUUAUGAUUUGGGGUCAGAUUAUAUAUCCUAGAAGUAUAUAUAUAUAUAUAUAUAAAAUGAGAAAAUUACACUUUGUUUGAGGCACAUUUGUGGACUAAAAUAUUUACAUUACUUGCAACCAUUUAAUACAGUGAGGCAUGGCAAUAACCCCCUUUUCACACAAAAUAUUUAAACCUUUAUAUGCAAAUGUAAGCAUUUUAUUUUUCAAUAGUUAUUUUUUUUCUUCUUUUUUUCAUAAUUUUAAUUGAAGUUAAAUGAUUCCUGCAUUGGUUGCCAAUAAUUUGUCAAGAUGACAGCCAUUGCUCUAGUUUUUCAUUAAAAAGCAGCAGAAAUAGAAAAUUAAACCUAUCAUCACCAAUUAUACAAAAUGCCAAAACAUAUUCAUUAAUAAUCCACUUAUGUGGAUUAGCAUAUGAUUAUGCAGUGUUUCCAAUUAAGUAAAAAGGGUAACAUGUUCAAGAUAUGUGGUGUCUACAUCUUAACCAGUGUGUUUACUGCAGCACCAAAAGAUUGUAUGAAGUCUGAAGUCUGUGUCUGUUGAAUGGCUGUUUGAUAUUUGAUUUUGAUAAAACAUAAACAAACUUUAUGGUGGAGAAGUUUUUCCCCAUAUUCACUUCGAAACAAGAAAUAACAUCAUGUUUAGUAGUAUUCAACUAUUUUAUGUAAUUAUUGUAUCUUAUAUGAGCAUUUGUGAAAACACAGAUAUAAUCAGUAAUGCAGAGGUCAAAGGAAGACAAUAUGCAAUGCAACAAAAAAUGCAAUAAUAAAUCAGUUUGAACUCUAAGGUUCAGAUCAAUUUCAUAGAAAAUCUUGGUAGGUUGCAAAUGUUUUCUUUUUUUUCUAAAUUAGCAUUUUAAAUCUGUUAAUAAUAAUAAUAAUAAUAAUAAUAAUAAUAAUAAUAAUAAUAAUAAUAAUAAUAAUAAUAAUAAUACAUUAAUAGAAGGUUCUUUGAAUAUUGCCAAGGAUUAUACAUAGCUGUUUUGUAUGCCAUCACUGCAUGGUAUGAUCACAGUUGCAUUAGGUUAGCCACUUUAUUAGGGUUAAGCAAAGAAGUGUUCUGCUUGUUCUGUUUUAAUAAGUUUGUAGAUCUGUGAAAGAUAGAAUGUCUUGUAUCCUACAUGAAAAAUCUGAUGUUCUAGGUGAAUUGUGCUUGAGAUCCUUGUUCAGUUGACACUGAAACAAAGUGUAUUGUGAUCUAUGAUCUUUGUAAACUGAUUUUCAAAGAUUUGCUCAUUUUAAAACCUGUUGUGCAUUUUUUUUUUCACAUGUAAAUUAGAGGACUAAAGUAACAAUAAUGGCAGUCUCUAAAAACUGUCCUUGUAUCUUCCUUCUUUCCCUACUUUAUUCAUCACCCUCUUCCCCUCUGUCUAUGAGGCAGAGGCUGAAGAGAUGGGACGUUGCAACCCUUAAUGCCCUGUAUGUCAGGCUGUGUUGUGGAACUGCCAGUGAAAUCAGACUGCUAGAGAACUAUUGGUGCAACCCCAAUGGAGCCUCAGAGCACUGACUUUGUUCCACCUCUAGCAGUGACUGGGCAUUUUUUCUGCAGAACAAUAUUCAGUCAAAUAAUCAGUUUAAACAGUGCUGAGAAACUUUUUUCUAUACGACUGAACUUGUAUGCAUUUACCCAAAGCCUAGUUGCAAGAAUCACAUCUGCAUGAACUCUGACCCUUUAUGUGUAUGUUAGGGUUGUUGAAUGUAGAAGAUAAUGGACUCUAUAUAAAAUAGAAUUCUAUUGCUUUGGUGACUUUGGCCACAAAUUGGCCUUUGCAGUUUUUAUUUUUAUUUUUAUUUUUAUUUUUUGGUUGUUCCACAGACAUGGGCUUAUUGAUUCUUUAUCGAAUAAUGUUUUGUUCUUUUUUUCUUAUUUGCCUAGAAAUUUUUACCACACCUUAGAAGACAGUGAAUGCCAUAUACUGUUAUAUUAUGUGUAUAUUUUGUGAAUAUAAUGAGAUAUUUCUGUAUGUACUCCUAUUGUAUGACCCUGCUUGAUGAUCAUCUCCACAUCUGCACAGUAUUAGCCAUUUGUACCUGUUCGAAUGACAACAGCUUUUUACAUUUUAAGAAUUUAGUUGAUCCCUUUUUGCUCCUUUAUACACUGUUAGCAAGUACGGCUGGUUUUGUUUAUUUUUAUUUAUUUAUUUAUUUUCAAAAGAUAAUAUUUGCAUAUUCAGGUCUCUCCUCCAUGUU